CCAGAGAGAAGCGCUGCAGCCGCAGCAGCAGCGGGGAAAGAGGAGGAGCAGGCGGUGGCAGCAGCAGCAGCGGGGCCAGCUCCUCCUGUCACAGCCCAGCUGGGAACCGACGGCGCAGCAACAGCCGCAGCAGCAGCAGCAGCAGCGCUUGAACUGGUGCAAGCGCGCGCAGGGAGGCGACCCCCAAGCCCUAGGAUCUCCCCCAGCGCCGCCACCCAUCCCAGGUUCUUCCUUGCCCGCGCCGCAAGAAGGAGGCGGGAAGCUCCCGGACGCCGCAGGAGAAGCGGCCGCAGCGUCGGCUGAAAGGGAGAGCGAGCGAGCGAGCCAUGGCUGGGGCGGCGGGAUGCGCCGUCGCUGCGCGCUGCUUGCUGGCGCCGUUGCUCUUGCUGGCUUCUUGCCUGGGGCCCGGAGGCGCAGCCAACACCCAGGGGAUGGGGGCAGCCCUUGGGCCGGCACUCGGGACUCCCCAAGUGGCCAUGUUCUGUGGGAAGCUGGUCCUGCAUCUCAAUGUACAGACAGGGCGCUGGGAGCCUGACGCCUUCGGCACCAACACCUGCUUCCACACCAGUGAGGAGAUCCGGAGCUACUGCCAGGAGGUGUAUCCUGAGUUGCAGAUCACCAAUGCCGUGGAAGGCACCCAGCCCGUCACGAUCGACAACUGGUGCAAGAAGGGGAGACCCAAAUGCAAAGGCCACCAGCACAUCGUGGUGCCCUAUCAGUGUCUGGUGGGUGAGUUUGUGAGCGAAGCUCUCCUCGUGCCCGACAAGUGCAAAUUCCUGCACCAAGAAAAAAUGGAUUCGUGUGAGACCUACUUAUAUUGGCACAGCGUGGCCAAAGAGGCCUGCAGCGGUGAGGAGUUGGAGCUUCACAGCUAUGGCAUGCUGUUGCCCUGUGGGGCAGACCGCUUCCGUGGGGUUGAAUAUGUGUGCUGCCCUGCACGCCCCACAGCUCUCAGGCUGGAACAAGCCACUGAGGCACCCCAGAUCCUUGCCCAUCUGAGAGAGGAGGCCCUGCACAGCAACAAGGUUCCGACAGGACGCAUCCCGACAGAGGAAGAGAGCCUGGAAAUGGAGGAGGAAGGGGACCUGGAUGAAGAUGAAGAGGUGGAGGAGGAUGAGGACGACGAGGAGGAGAGCCCUGGAGAUAGUGCCCCUGACCCCGAUCCUUUCCCUGCUGCCUGGGAUGACUAUUUUGUGGAACCGGGUUACUAUGACGACAGCAUCACCCAGACUACCAUCACGACCACCACGCAGACCACUGAAGAGGAUAUCAAAGUGGCUCCCACUCCUCGCCCCACUGAUGGAGUGGACGUUUAUUUCGAAAUGCCCGGAGAUGGGAACGAACACGCCAACUUCCUGCGUGCCAAGAUGGACUUGGAGGAACGGCGCAUGAGACAGAUCAACGAGGUGAUGAAGGAGUGGGCCGAGGCAGACAACCAAGCAAAAAACCUGCCCAAGACGGAUCGUCAGGCACUCAAUGAGCACUUCCAGUCCAUCCUUCAGACGCUGGAGGAGCAGGUGUCUCGAGAGCGACAGCGGCUGGUCGAGACUCACUUGGCCCGUGUGGUGGCCCUGCUCAACGAUAAUCGACGGGCAGCACUAGAGAGCUACCUGACUGCUGUGCAGACUGAUAAUCCCCAGCCGGACCGCGUCCUGUUAGCCCUGAAGAGAUACGUGCGGGCAGAGCAGAAGGACCAGCGCCACACCCUCCGACAUUACCAGCACGUGGCAGCUGCUGAUCCCGAGAAGGCUGAGCAAAUGAAAUUCCAGGUCUACACCCACCUGCAUGUCAUUGAAGAACGGAUGAACCAGAGUCUGGCGCUGCUCUACAAGAACCCUCAGCUUGCCCAAGAGCUUCGAGGAGACAUUGAGGAGCUGCUGCGCUCAGAACGGGUGACCACCAACGAGCUGCUCACCACCUCCAUCUCAGAGACACGCACCACUGAGGAAUUCCUGCCCAUGGACAGUAGUGAGGACUUGGUUUCUGAGAGCCAUUCGUACCCACGUGAUGGAGAAGAUUCUGAACAAGCGGACAAGAAAGCUUCAGGGCUGGCAGAAUAUGACUAUCCAACCAGUGACAAGGCCUUGCUGUACGAAUAUGAGCGCAAGGUCAAUGUGUCUGCCUCAGAUGUCAAAGGCAUGGUGUACAAGUCCCAAGAGAUCCAACGUGAUGAGCUGGAACCGGACACCUUGGUAACCAUCAACAGGGGUGCCCUGAUUGGCCUCCUUGUAGUGGCAGUUGCUGUUGCCAUGGUGAUCAUCAUCAGCCUCCUGAUGGUUCGCCGGAAGCCCUACGGGACCAUCAGCCAUGGCAUUGUUGAG